ACUUAAAAUGUAGACAAUCAUGGGCGCAAAUCAGAGUUCAUUAUCGGGCAGACUGAAGUCACACGGUAAGUGGGAUAGCCUCGACCAUUCCAGUAGAGACCUCUCAAAAGAAAACCUUUCUGAAGAUCAAUGGGGUUCAAAUAGCGGAAAUGAGCUACGGGAGGGGUCGGGGUCAAUUAUCAGUUCGACCAAAGUGGUAGCACAUUCUCCUGAAACGGAGAGAACGGGAAGGAUUAAAAGACUCUCGCCUGCAGAUCAGUUUUUCAUCACGUCCCUGUUCCCCCCUGCACUGGCUUUGUUCUUCGGAGGACUAACAGGAGGUAGAGUGUACCGUCUGUUGAGAAGGGACAUGGGACUUGGAUGUAAGUGGGGUCAACAGACAUACGGGGCAGCUCUACUACCCGCAGUAGUCAUACCAGGCAUCGUCUCAGUCCUCAUCUAUAAAAUGGGUAUCGACCUUCCCCUGUUUGAAAAUGGAAUCCAGUGUUCCAAACCCACAUACGUGAUGAAAAAUGGCCUCAUUUCACUGUGUGCCACCGCAUCUUCUGCACUGUAUGUCACGCCCCUCUGUGUCUAUCUUGGAAUGACCAUGGGAAACUUGGAAGAGAAGAGUGAAAACAUUUCCUUAAAGAAGUCAGUUUUGAAUAGAUACAUUUUUUGGCUGAAAAGAACUUCGAAACUGACUUUGAGUUGUUCUAUGAUGGCUGCAUUGUAUAUGGCAGUACUUGCGAGUGUACAGUAUGACGCAGUCUGUAAAUUGGAUGAUGAGAGAAAUUUGAAUUCUGAAGAAUUUGUUAAUGAAAAUAUUUUUAUUUGAA